CAUUGGUAAAUAUGCCCUGGUUUCCUUGGCCCGAAUCUUUCAAGAAACGUGCUUGCCGCUAUCUACUCCAGCAUUACCUCGGCCAGUUCUUUCAACACAAGAUCUCGGUGGAGCAACUGAGUGUCGACAUCUUCAAGGGAAGAGGAACGAUCAGCGACGUUCAAUUGGACGUAGAAGCCGUCAAUGAAUUUCUUGAAAACCUUCACGCGCCCGUUGAAGUCAAACAAGGCGUCGUACGCAGCGUUGCCGUCGUCGUUCCGUGGAGUAGUCUGUUUAAAGACAACUGCCAACUGGAGAUCGAUGGACUCGAGUUGACUCUCGCUUUGAAAAGCGAAGGAGAAGCAGGUGUUGGAUUAGCAGGCAUGGCUAGUUCCAUGUCUGCUGGUGAUCCGAUGGCUGCGAGUAUGAAGAUUGCUGAGGAUUGUAUGAGAGAGGACGAAGAGGGAGACGCUGGUCAAUACGAGGGCGUGGAAGUGCUGGCUAGAAUGAUUGAUUCCGUGUUAUCUAGAGUGAAGGUGAAGCUUGUGAAUACGUUGAUUCGAAUUGAACAAUCUCGGAAAGAGGACAAGGCAAUUGCACUGGAACUACAUGUUGAUAGCCUUGACUACUCUGAUGCCGCAGAAGAGGAAAGCGAUUGCGGCAGCAGUGUCGACCCUCCAGACGGCCUACCAACUACACGAAGACAAACCUCCACAUCAGUCAAGAAUUUGACGUUAUUUGGUGUCUCAUUCAGCUUGCUCGAAUUCGUAGACCUUGAGCCUUGCCACCCAGGCACAGACGAGGAAGGAGCUUCAGUUAGUGCUAACGUAUUCAGGUCACGUCGGUUUUCUAGUGAUGUGAGUUAUGGAGGUGAGUCAUUGCCUGACGAUUGUGAUGGUUGUGGUAGGCCGGUACGCGUGGCUCAGUUUGUUGGGGAGAUGAAGGUCAAGGUCAGGCUCAAACAAGUGGAAUCACUGCCAGGACCAAAAGUGGAUGUUCUCUGUUCUCUUGGUUCUCUUCACUUCUUCUUGACUCCUUACCAGUUACAUCUCCUACUGCAACUUGUUGAACUGCUGAUGCAAGACGGGUCUUCAGAUCAGACAAACAAAAGAUUUUCUCAUCAUAUGAACGAACGACCAAUGCAACGCACAGACUACGAGCUAGUCGAACAGCAACUACAUGCAAGAAACCAAACACGUCAACAAGAAGCACAGAAAGAGAAAGAACGUCAAAACCAUCAGAAGGCCGAUCCCUGGAUGUUACCCACCCAUUCCAGUACAGUAGGAAUGGAGGAAUCUGGCGAUUUGGACUCCAUGACAGCUGCUGACGAUGAAGAGGCAGACCAAUUUUAUUCACUAAAAUCGGACACAUUGGGUCUGCCGCCUCUGGGUGAGCCACCGCUGUUAACAGACAGUGAGCACUUUGAAAGUAUUCGGUUGGAAGAACGAGUUAGAGCGGGAAGUGGACUGUCGACUGACCGGCUGAUGGCGGGAAUGAAGAGUUUCACAUCUCUUGCAUCAGUCACUUCACGUGGUAGUCGCUCUGCUUCAUCCUAUGGCACUCCUGGUGGAUCUUACGGCUCAUCUUUAAAUCAAAGGAUCAUGACUAGUAGGGACAAUGUAGUGGAGGACGUAGCUCAAUUUUCAAUUGAAUUAGGAAGUUUGACAGUAGCUUUACUAGAAAGUGAUAUCCAGACUUCAGCUGUAGGAGAGAACAUAUACCCGGUGAUAGAAGCAGCGGAGUCAUUCUUUCAGAAACUGACAGAUCUUUUAGCUCAAUGUGGAAAUAACGUCGGUACUGUGAGUAAAGAGAAACUUGCUUCAGCUUGUAGUGCAGAUCAUCUAAGGUUGUCAUUUAAUCCAUUUAAAAUGAAUGUGGCUGUUCAAAUGUUGUCAUAUUGUCACCGUACUCAAAUGGAAUUGUCAGUUGGCUCUGGAGAGGUACUGGAGUGUCUCUAUGGCACUAACAGAUUAUUGCCUGGAGUUCACAAAGAAGAGCUGUCUCCAGCAAGCAUAGCAACAUUAGUGAGGCUUUCAACACCAGAAAUUCAGCAGCAUUCAGGAAGUGAAAGGCAGUCUGCCUCUCUCAAGGCAUGUGUAACAAUGACUGACAUGAUAACUGGCCAAUUCUACAAUUCACGGAGACAAACACACCACAAAUCAUCAGCAAACACAGACAUCGUCGUUAAUCUAGGAAAACUAUCAUGCGAACUGAAUGUAACAUUAGUGGAUAGACUGAGUGAUAUUUUGAAACACAAAACGAAAUCUGAUGAUCACAACUCAAGAUUACUGCACGCAGCUGCUAAAUAUUCUCUCUAUUCUUCUAUGGAAGCAACAUCUAGUGUGCGAUAUCAAACUGCAUAUCACAAAGCAAUUGAUGAAGGACCAGCUACAAACGCUAGAGAUUAUGCGGUGUCUGUGAAUUGUUCAGUGUUGAGGUUGACUGUGAGAUUUCCAGUCGCUGAUUUGAGACAACCGAGUGAGAAGGGUCCGUGGCAUAGGCAGCCUGUGAGGAGUCAGCGAUUGAUACUUGAAUGUAGUGAAAUGAAGAUGAAGACUGCAGGUUGCAGUAGAGACGAUAAAACGAAUUUAGAUAUACGUUUUAUGGAAAUGCAAGGACAUUUUUGUAUGGCUGGAGAAGAGAAGCCCGUUCAUUUUCUUACAGUCGCACAUACACAACAAGAAGCACAGAGAACGUCCGAGUUACCAAAAGUCUUGGUCACAAUUCAACCGAACGUUGCAACUCAGUCUGAACUCGAUUUUGGACGCACGCCUGAACAGUCAGUACAAGCAUCACACUGGGAUGCAUUUUCAGAUCUUUUAGGGAAGCCUCAGUCAUCACCAUUCUCUUCUACAAAUGUUGUCUAUCAAGACGAACAGCUUGUCAUGCCCGGAAAUUCUAGUGAAAUGAAGGAGUUUGAAGACUGUGCUGUUGCUUCUUCUCGUUACGUUGUUAGCAUUUUACUUCCAACGGUAAACAUUCAUAUGCCAAGCAAACAGUUUUAUGAAGAUCUUUACAACAGAUUCUGUUGUGAUUUGUUGCUGUGGGAGCCGCAGUCACCUCAGAGCCAAGAAGUCAAUCAUGACAAAUACAGAAUGGAAGACAGCUCACACGGUCAUCUCUACAUGUGUCAGUCUGCUAUCAGACCCGAAUCUGAUGAGGACAGUCUUGACAGCAGUGACUUCAAGUCAGCAUAUCAGUGUUUGUCUGACAAUGGUGGAGUAGACCGGAUGGCUGGUCGGUCGUCACGGUCUAAGCAGAGUCUCUUAUCGCUGACCGUUAACAUUCGACAAGGAACUGCAACGAUCAUUACGUCUGCUGAGUCGGGCAACAACAAACCUCCAUCUCCCGAGAAACUUGUCCACUUCAGUCCUGAGUCGUCAUCCAGCCACCCGACAGAGCAGGGAGAAAUUCUUGUCAAUAUACGUGACGCUCACGUCUUUACCGUGACCAGCUUUCAGGGCAACAGUCAGUUGCAAUACGUUUGUCUCGAAUCCGAUCAAUUUGCGUUGAGUCAUGUUGGACUCGUUGAUUUUGACGCCACGGUUCCUCUUGUUGCUGUUGGCAUGUCACCGUCGGCGGCUACAUCAUGUUUGAAGCCUACGAUGUAUUCAUCUGAUGCUGGAGUGCCAGGCAGAGCGGGUAAUGUGCCAAUGCUAAGGAUAGCAAUGAAGAUAGCUGCAGAUGAUGCUCAAAGUGUGAAGGAUGUUCAACUUGCUGUCAGUGUGGACGGUGCUACUCUCAGACAUCGGAUGAUGCCAGCAGAGCAGACGUGGUUUACUCAACUGUCUAACUUUUUCAAUGUCGUGGAAGACGACGUGCCAGGAUACAAACCUAUGGAUGUGGUAACUUCGCUGCACACUCAUCUCUGUCACUGUACUGUAGACUACAGGCCAUUGUAUUUGCCAUGGAGAGUUGCUCUAACUCUUGGAUCGCUAAGUGUGUCUAGUAAUAUCGUCUACACUAGUCCACAAAGUGUUCUGCGGUUGAUUUUGAGUCAAGUAGAACUUUAUUUGUCAGACAAAACGAGUGAUACAAUAGAUCUACAAGAUUAUGUUUGUGUUGGUGAUUUGGGCUCAUUUGACUUGUUAUUGAAGACAAGCUCUGAUCCUAACUAUCCGUCUGUUGUCUUGGAGGCAUCAAACCGUCAAGUGAACAUCUGGACGUGUGCAGACACUUGUGUAGCUUUACGUGAUCUUUUGAAUUAUUUUUCAUCUGAUGGAGACUUGCCGCAGCCUUCACUACCAGUAUUGGACAUAUCAGAAGCAUUUAAGCAGUCACAACAAGUAUUAACACAAUCUAAUGUAGAACAUCUGUUAGACACUCCAGUGCAAGAGUGUAACGAACCUCAGGCUCUAAUUCGCUGUUUGAUGGAAGCGUCUGUUGAAGACUCACAUGAACCUGAUGAGUCUGCCCAUCUUGCAGACAUUGAUGAUAUGUUUUCACGUCAGCUUGAUCUCAGCGAUUCAGAUGAAGAUGCAUUUGUGCAGUCAGAGUUGUCAUCUGCUGUGUCUGACUGGUCUGCAGCAGGUCAGAGUCUUGAUCCACAGCAAGACUCUACACUGAGCAGUUACUGUAUACUUGACAUGCCUGGUGGAAAAACAACAGCCUCGCAUGGAUCUGAUCCUGUGGUGAAGUGUCUCUUGGAGGUUGGAGAUGAGAUUGUUAUUUAUGAGAACCACAUGUCCGUUCCAACAAGUAAGAUUGAUAUGCUUCAUCCUCCUCCUCACUAUCCAACUCCUGUAUCAACAUACAUUUUGAAAGAACUCAGUAUUACAUGGCAUCUAUUUGGUGGACGAGACUUUGCCAUCAAACCCGAAGAGAAACGUUCGACUUGCCCCAGCUUUGCAACCGUCUCUUCCAACUCUCCACAGAUAACACGAAAGAGAAACCAGGAUAGUGAACUAAGAAAAGACCAACGUAAACAGAGAGGUGGACCAUUACGUAACCAGGACAUCCUGAUGGAAAUUGAACUGAGCAAGAUCAAAGUGAGAUUUGAUACUUACGCUGAGACGUCAGACAAGUCAUCACGAUUGGCGGCUCUCAUCGGUGACGUGGAGAUUCGAGAUCGACUAGCAUUGUCACAGUUAAACAAGUUUUUAUACUGUUACUCAUCACAAACAAUGCCAAGACGAUCACAUGCAAGCAUGGUGACUGUCAAGCUUCUGUGUCUUCGUUCGGACCCUGAAUCUGCUAAUACCGAAUGUUGUCUUCAUCUCGGUCUAUUGCCAAUCAAGUUGAAUGUCGAUCAAGAUGCGCUGCUUUUCUUGAAAGACUUUUUUGAGUAUAUUAUGUCCACACCUCCAGCAAUCACUACUCCUUUGUUUGAUGCUGCUACUUCUCGUGAAGUGCCUGCUACAACACCGAUUUCACGAAUGCAGUCGUCGACUACUACGAGUACACUAUCACAGUCAGGAGAGUCAGGUGAAAUCAUCUUUCGUUCAUUUACGUUUUAUCCUGACUUGCCACUUCGAGUUGAUUACCACGGCAAACGGAUAAGCACAGAACAGGGAUUUGUGGCCGGGUUGGUGUUGGGCUUGGUUCAACUUAGCAACUCAGAAUUAACACUCAAACAACUAAGCAGCAAGAAAAGAUUGAAAGGGUUUGGUGAGCUGAGUCAGUUCAUUCUAAACGAAUGGUCUGAAGAUAUUCAAGGGACAAUGACGGGGCUGUUAGGUGGAGUAGGGCCUGUGCAUGCCCUGAAAAGACUAGGGCAAGGAAUUGUGGAUCUUGUGUGGAUGCCAAUUCAGCAGUACAGGAAAGAUGGCCGCGUAGUGCGCGGUCUACAGAAAGGCUCAACUUCAUUUGGUACCUCAACAGCAAUGGCUACCGUAGAGUUGACCAACAGAGCGGUGCAGACAAUCCAGGCUGGAGCAGAGAUAUUUUUUGAUUUUCUUAGUCCUGCUGUUCAAGCAGAGAAAAGACAAAGGCGCGCUGAACGAAAGCGCCGCUAUGGACGUCAGCCGGUUGAUAUGAGAGAGGGAGUGACAAGGGCAUAUGACAUUGUAGCUCAAGGUUUGAGUGACACGGCGACGACAAUAUCCGAAGUAGCACAACACGAACACGAACAAGGCGGCAUCACUGGAGCUGUCACGGGUAUACUCAAGGUGACGCCAGGUGUUGCUGUUCAGCCAUUGAUUGUUGCGAGUGAAGCCAUGUCAAACGUCCUCGAUGGUGUAAGGAAUCAGUUUGUUCCUGACGCACGACGCGAACAACAGGACAAGUACCGGGCCGAGCAAAACUGAUGACUAAAGAUUUGUAAAUUAUUUUAUGUACUGACUGUACAGUUAGUGAGUUCUAGUGUGUUGAGGAGUGACGGUACACGUUCUUGUCUUACCAGUUGGUCGAUUAUGUUCUCUCUGUAUCUUCUAUUGUGCAGGUCGUCUCAUGCUUCUCGGCUGUGUUUCUGUCUUGUUUUAUUAACAGUCAAAUAUACAGCAACUGCUACUGUGA